ACACGCGCGAUCGGUCGGGGCACACCGUCGAAUCGGAACUGACAACUUUUCUCGCUGUUCCACGACAACGGCCAAUGCUCCGAUAGCCGAAGCCGAACACCGAAUCCGUUACGAAGUGCCCGAUCCGAUCGACUGCUGCCCGCGGCUAUUUCGGAACCGCACCGCCGGCCAUGGUUUCGGACCGGUCGAAAUGCGUCGCGUGCUUGCUGUUGUGCUGGCUCUCGGCGACCCUGACGCUCGGCUCGCAGGACGUGCAGGACGUGCAAGACCCGAUCGAUUACGGUUUGCCGGACCACACGGAACCGGUGUCGUACGCGUUGAGCAUGAGGCCCGUCAUCAAUCCCGUCAACGGCACGUACACGUUCAACGGCAGCGUCGAGGUGGUCAUAUCGGCGGUGCGCUACACGACCGUGGUGGUGCUCAACUCCAAGGACCUGAUCGUGUCCUCGGUGUCCGGCUUCGAAGACGUCCGCACAGGACGUCACGCGGUGGCCGUGGAGGGUUUCGAGUGCGACGCACUCCGCGAACAGUUGAUCGUCACGCUCGCGCGGUCCCUGGUGCCCACCCGAUUUUACCGGUUCACCGUCCAGUUCUCCGGCACGUUGCGCAACGACUUCACAGGAUUUCACAAAUACUUUUACGACUCUACCAACGGAUCGAGAUGGAUAGCUCUGACUCAGUUCAAGCCAGUGUAUGCCAGGAGAGCUUUUCCUUGCUAUGACGAACUGAAGUUCAAAACUCCGUUCAAGAUAUCGAUCGCUAGACAAAUCAAGCAUUUCUCACUGUCCAACAUGCCACUGAUCCUUACUGAAAUCAAUCCACGGAGCGGUUGGGCAUGGGAUCACUUCGAAACUACAAAACCAAUACCCACGUUUUUAGUAGCGUUUAUGGUAUCUGAUUUCGAUAGAAACGCAUUGAACGACGAGAGUAUUGCCAUGUACACGCGAAAAGAGUUCAUCGAGAACACGGCGUAUAUGAUGAAAAAAGUGCCGCAAUUACUCGAAAGCGUAGAGAAGUUCACUGAAAUACAGUACAUGUUACCCAAGUUAGACUUGGUGGGCGUUCCUUUAUUAGAUGCCUAUAAUAUGGAAAAUUGGGGUCUAAAUUCUUACGAGGAAUUCUACGUGACUUUAUCGAACAAUUCAGAAAUGGAGGACAAGAUUUCAGGAAUCAUGACCGUGCUACACGCGAUUUUGCGCCAGUGGUUCGGCAACAUGGUGACGACCCCUACGUGGGACUUCUCGUGGUUGAACGAGGGAAUGUGCAACUAUUUGAACUAUUACUUAGCGGACACGAUCGAACCCGGAUGGAACUUACACGAACGGUUUAUCGAAAACGUGCAUCAGCGAGCCCUGACCUGGGAUCAAUACGACGACACGCACCCGCUGACGCUUCCCCGACUGAAUUCGGAAGAGAUCAUAGACGGAUUCGACGUGAUCACGAUCGACAAGAGCGCAGCGUUAUUCAGAAUGUUGAAGCACGCAGUGGGCGAAUCUUACUUCAAAAUGUCGUUGAACAAAUACCUCGACGAUUUCGCGUACGCGGAGGCCCUUCCCAGAGAUCUGUGGAGCGCGUUCGACAACAUGCUGUACGACGACGACGUGGAAAUCGGAGGCGGCAACGUCACGGUUGAGGCGUACAUGCGCACGUGGACGGAGCAGGCCGGCUACCCGCUGAUCGACGUCCAGCCGGCGGCGGACGGUUCCGGUGCGGUCAUCGUGACGCAGGAACACUUUUCUUUGUCGGUCCCGCGCCAAACGAACGGCACGAAAUGGUUUGUCGGCCUCACGUAUACCACGGAGCGGACCGGAGAUUUCGACCAGGUGACACCGACCGUCUGGUUGAAGCCCGAGGACGAACAAACAAUCGUACCUAUGGCCGUCGAUUCAGGAUGGACGAUAUUUAACAUCCAGUCCACAGGUUUCUACCGCGUGAACUACGACCAAAAGAAUUGGAAGCUCCUGUUGAUCCAGUUGAUCACCGAACCCGACCGGAUUCACGUGCUGAACCGAGCCCAAAUCGUGGACGACGCGUAUCACCUGUCCAUGGCUAACGUGGUACCGUACGACUAUUACAUAUCGUUGCUCGAGUACCUGCUGAUGGAAGACCACGUGGUGCCUUGGAACACCGCGGUGAACGGGUUAUCGUCGACCCUGGACGGGCUCCGGCGUUACCCGGCGGAACAUCGAAAGUUCGAGGAAUACGCGAACGGCUUGGCGGAGAUUCUGUACGACAAAUUGGCCGCCAACAAGAUGGGCGACGAGUCGACGAAAAUCGGCAGGAGCAGAUUGUUAGCGUGGACGUGCAAACUGGGCAACUCGCGGUGUCGAACGUCAGCGUUGAAACACUUUGACGCGUGGGCCGACGGACACGGUAUCCCGCCGGAAACGGAAGAAGCUGCUUUCUGCGAGGGCAUGAAAAAAGGCGAUUUCACGGUUUGGUCGAAAAUGUACAAGUUCUAUACGGCCGUGCGCUCGCCGUCGCGCAAGAAAAUCGCUCUGAGAGCUUUGGCCUGCGCGGAAGACGUUGAAACGCUGUUCAAACGUCUACGGCUACUGCGAUUGGAUGGCACGGGUCCGGCAGGCACGAAUAACUUCAGGACCGUUUUCGAAAAUGUCGCCACCACUUCCCAGGGCGUCCGGGCACUGGCCGAUUUCCUGUUGCGUGAGCUCGACGUGAUCCUGGCGCUGGACGACGGUCACCGGUUGGCCACGUUCGCGUACUCCGUGUUGGCGUCGAAAGUGGCGAUGGACGACGAAAUACGGACGAUGAACGAGAUAAGAGCAGCUGCUCGGUCGACCCGUCUCAAAUCCGCGUUCGACCAAAUACACGAGAGAAUUGAAUCGAAUUCGAAAUGGAUAGAACGGGAUCUCAAGAAGAUCAUCAGAGCGAUCGGCAAAUGAAAACGAUCCGGACAUUUCAGUACCUACUACACGAACCCACGAACUGUUUACUAUGUAUUAUGCAUUAUUAUCAAUGUGUUACCGAACUUGUAUUUUUAUAAAAUACUUAAUCGCACUACGCUCCGUUUCCGUGCACCUUCAAUAUAACACAUUUAUUGUUUAUAUUAUCACCGUAGUAAAAAUAUGUGCACACGGUGAAUGUGCUAAUAAAUUAUUGUUUCCUUAUUGCGAAACGUCAA